AUGACCCGUGCAGAUGCUCCCGCCGUCCCGGGCCUUCAAUCACAUCCACUGGCACCUCCACAACAACACGCACUUCAACCGCAACCCGUCUCUCUUUCAUCGGCGUCAGCACGACCCUUAUCAUCCACAUUUUCGCAACGACUUCCUCCUUUGGCCAUGUCAAUAGGAACAGCGCCGGUGCCUGGCGCUCCUCACUUGCAAAGACCUCCAGGGCUGGGACAGCAACAGUCCAGUACGCGCACGCUCCAGGGCCCGUCCGCGCAGGAUUGGGCCCGCCAUCGAGAUAUCAUCGUCGACCUCUACAGACAGUAUCCCCUCAAGAAAGUAAGCGAUAUAAUGAGGAGUCAAUACAACUUCUCGGCAAGGUAUUUUGGCGUCCCUUCAGUCCGUCUUUAUCAGCUCAAUCAAACAAUCGAUGGCGUCUUCGUUACCAUGUUCUUGUCCCCGUCUCAGCAUGGACACAACAUCUGCACCCCGUCAGAGACACCCUGUCCUGUCCCAUCACUGCACUCACCCAUCGAGUCGCAGCUUUCAUGGGAGCUAGCCGCAUGUGCUGGCUCCACGCCCUGUUGA